AUGGCCUCGCAAGUAAGACAACCUCCUCCCCGUCUCAGUAUUCCCCCGUCGCUUGGUAUGCAACAGCCAUUUGAUGGCAGACAAGCCAUGUUCUCUCCGGGGCUGCCGACCUCUCUGCAGCAGAGCUAUCAUCCUCCGCUCCCAUUCUCGAUAGGACAUCCUCCACUUCAGACACCCAUGCAACCUUUUUUCCAGCCGCAACCGCCAAAUGCCCCAGGUCGUCCUGCGUACGCUCUUCACAAAGCCCAUGCAAGCAUGGUACACUACCCCGGCUUCCCACCGCCAACUGCGAUACCCAUCACACCUCUGGGACAGGGAUUUCCUUCGCAUAUUCACGGCACCAUCUUUCGAAUCCGAAGGCAACCCAGUGUAAGCAUCGGAGGUCCACCUAAGGCACCACUUGGAGGUCCCGGGCGUAAGCAUAGCCCAAUGGCUAUUCAACCACCCCCACCGACUAUGCAAAAGGGGAAGAAAAUAGUCGUUAACCUCCCAGUAGAGACGAUACCCGGAACAAACGGUGACCCACCUUCGCGUCCUUCAUGGGCGCGAACGCCGAUGCCGACGACAAGCACGGAAGAACCAUUUGCAUGGGAUACCUUAAAACAAAGACUGAUAGAGGAGAGGCUGGAGAAGUUGGGUGUUGAGCGAGGAUCUGGAGGUUCUUUACCAAUUCAUGCACCGCAUGCUCGAGCAGCCUCAAUAUCAUCCCCGGCCGAUCCAUCGUUGUUGUAUUUCAAAUUAAAUGAGCUGCGCCGAUCGCAAAAUGCUUCCACAUCCAACUCGUUGUCAAGUUCUCCACAACCCCCGCCUAUGGCACACCCUGCAUACUUUAACCCCUCUGCUGCGUUCAACCCCUUCGGCCCAAGUGCUGUUCUUGGAUCUGACAGCAUCGAGCCUGACACGCCCUUUGGGUCUACGCAUUUUGAUGGCCUUCACGCACCCCAAGGUCGUAUGCCUGUGACGUUACUGCCUCUUACUGCAGGAAUCAGUCGUGGCAGCAGCCGUCCUGAUUUUGUUCGUGGUUUCGGUUUGGAUAUUCCAGAAGAAGAAGAGCCUCAGGAAGAGACACCUGGCGUGGACCAGAAGCCCAGCCUGAAGUGGAGCCAGGACAUGGUGGCCCCAAUGAGAAAUUCCAGCACACAUCAUUCAAGGCACGUCUCGAGGUUGUCACACACGUUGUCCUUGAGAUCCGUUGGAGGUGUGCGCAAUGGCGUUACGCCGGACGAGGUUGACAUUGUGCCUGUACGGAGCCCCGUUGGGAAUCCGGGAAUUGAUGAUUUGGACAAGGAAGCCGUUGGGGAGUGGACUGGUUCAGAGGAUUUGCGUAUGGACGAGUCUGACGAUGAGCAGAGCAUCGGAGAGUGGUCGAAUCCUUCCGACGAAGAGCGCGCUCGUCACGAGAGGAUGCAACGCCGGUCACUUCGGCAGAGACGACAGGAAAUCGAAACACCGAGGCGGCUGCCCAAUUUCCCUGCGCCUCCGACGGGUGUAUUCGGCGUUUCCCUUCGGGGCGACUACGACUUUGUUUCAAAUCCAAGGAGUCGUUUCUUGGUAGUUGACCCUCUCGAUUCCGCUCUCCGUCCAUCAUCAACAUCGACACCUGGCCGAACUUCCGGACAGUUUACUAUCCAUGACCCAGCUCUUGCGCAUUCUCGUGUUGGAUCUGAUCACUUCCAAGUUGAUUACGCAUUUGGACCUCCAGCAGCUGCUUCUGGAAGUCUCAAUCCUCACGCUAAGCCUUUCGUAUUCGGUUCCAGCCGUGGGUCCAAUUCGUGGUCAGUCGAUGGCGCAGCUCCCCCACCAGCACCCACUCUUGGUCAUGCUCGAUUACCGUCCCUGGGUAAACCACUUAAUGCAUCAGCCCAAGAAUUCAAGCCUACGGGUUUCACUUUCCGACCUCCGCCUGGGGUGCCUCAACUUCCAUUUCCACCACAGGAGCCCACAACGCGUCCAUUGCCGCUUCCCCCAGUACGAUCUUCUUCCACCCGAGCGCAACAAGGUAGAGAAAAGAGACAACGCCGAGGCUCCCUCACCACGACAGAUGAUGGCAAUGAUAGUGGCAAAGAAAACAUGGCUUCGUUCCGGUUCCCUGCAAUCGGAGAGACCCCUCGUAGCGUCCGCCGCUCUGCCCCACCAUCCCCUCGUGCAGGUUCGCAAGAUUUCCACACUCCUCUCCAACCACUCACAUUCUCUGGGUUUCCGACGCUGCCUUCACAAGGGGUUGACAACGGAGCUGAGAACGAUGAGAAUCUGCCAGGCAUUGAAGUUGAAGGGCUCGAGAAUGAUGACAUCAGCGAAACCAGCGCCCUCCGUGCUGCAGCACCUCCAAAAUCACGUCGUGCCCCUAUUCCUCUGGACUUCAAGAAUUCCUCUGCCACCAACACCGUCCCCGCGGGCGUCUUCAAGGCUCUUGUUGGUGAUGAGAAAACACGCCGCACUGUCCGUUCGCGUCUUAGUUCCCGUGAUGCCCUUGAACACUCGCAACGGCCCUCGCUGGAUGACUUCUCCGUACCUCCUAUUGCGUCCCAGAACAGAUCUCGCGCGCGCCUGGUCACGGACCCCGGCAUUAAGGUGGAGACAGAGUCCCCGGACAUCUUCACGCCCGCCAUCAAGCGUCGUUCAUCUUUGCCGGCCCUGCAUAGUACACAUAACUCUAGCCUCUCAAACGUGUCGAUUCCUGCCAUCAACCUCACGAAGCGUCUGGAGGCACAAGCACUCGAAGACAAGCUGGAGGCCAUUUUGGAGGAGAAAUUCUCGGCAUUACGCUCGGAGCUGGCGAAGAAUCGCGAGCGCAACUCGGGUGCUUCCAUAAAGUCGGCAGCGAGGGGUUUGGAUGAUAGUCAAAUCGACGCACGGGGAGAACUCGACUUGGAGCUUAUCCGAGAUGUUGUGCAGCAGGGUCAUGCCGAAAACCUGUUGCUCAUCCAAACGGAAUUGCGCAGCCAGUCACUCCAUCAGGGCAAUGUGGAUGUUGCUCCCAUCAUCGAACAGAUAAACCACAGAAGUUUACAGGUUAUCCUAAAUACCCUCGGCCAGCUCUCCGGCAAGCUUGACAUGCAUUCCUUUGUUGAAGAAAUCAUGACUGCCCUGACGCCAAGGUUAAACGCAUUGCGCCAAGAGCCUGUCGAUUACCAUCUUCUCACUGCCCAGCUCAGCGAGGCAGUUAAACCCAACAUCGAGCAGUUAAUCGAUCUCGCUGCGGACAAACGCGAGACAGCAGGUCUUAUCGUGAACAGUAUCCUGCCGUUGCUGCCCAACUCCGCGCAGUCCCCUGUGGAUACAGAAUCUGUCAUAGCCGAGAUCACGGCCGAAGUCCGACGGAUCAUUGCCCCUGUCGAUGCACACGAAAUUAAGGAGCAAGUUGCGGACCUUGUCGUGGAACGCCUUGACUCCCGCCUAGCUGUCCGUGACCGAGCGUUCAACGUGGAUGCAGUAGCCACGAAGGUCACCGAGGGUGUAACGAGCCUGUUGCAUUCUGUAAAUGACUCCAUACCCAAGCUUGAUAAGUUACUGGAGUUACAGUCGACACUAUCCGCGAAGAACGACGAAUUCGUUGCUAAACAGGACGCCGUCGCAUCUCUGGUUUCGGGCGUCCCUGCUCAACUAGAAGUGCUCCAACGUGGGGUGGCGACCGCUGGGGGUAUUGUGCCGCAGGAAGGGUCAGGCAGCGGAAAUGAAGAGAUCGUUGCUACCCUGCGGCGACUUGAGAGUGCCAUUGAAAAUGUUGCCGCGGGACUUGCUUCUGGAAACCAACAAUAUGAUAUACUUGUUGCCCAUCAGAAAUCCCUCCACCAGGAACUCGGUGACCGCAUCAACAUUCUUCCCGAGUCUCUGACCGCUGCUGUCCAGGCCUUGCAAACUGCCCACGCCGAAUUCGCUGUUUCCAGGGAAACAGCGAAGCACGAUGCCGAUGAGAUUCGGAAGCUAAGAACUGCGAACAGCGAUCUUCAGAUACAGCUUGCCAAGGCACGGGGUGCGCAUGGUCAAGUUCGCGUCGAGAAAGAUAACCUUGGGGAACGCCUCAAGGACAUCGAAAAUGAACGUGAGUGCCUCCGUGCCCAGGUGGAGGAGCUGCAAGCGUCGAUAAGAAACCAGCAGACCGAAACCACCGCUAUCGAACUUCGGAAUUCUGAACUUGAGGAGGCGCUAUCGCAGAGUCUUGCACGACUCAAGGCGUCUGAUGUCGCAACCCACACACAGCAAGAACGCAUUGCUGAGGUGGAAAAGGCCAACCGUGAUGCGGUAGCUGAGCAAGCAAGUCUCAAGUCGCAGGUUGAUGAUUUACAACUCCAGCUCAGAUUGGCCACCCAUGAGAAGGAGCUGACAGCCCAGUCCCUGAAGUUACUGCAACAAGAGCACGAGCAAUCCCUGGCCCAACAAAACCACUGGGAUGACCUUCGCCGCAACAUUGAGCAGAUCGAGGCUCUCGCAAAUGCCAUGCGACAGGCUGACAACGAAGAAUCCAAGGAUCUUCGACGCAUUCGUGAUCAAAACCGGCAACUCGAGAGCGAACAUGCUGCACUUCAGAAACGACUCAGAGAACAGGAACAGAAGGCUACAAAUAACGAACGGGUCGCCAAUACCGCCAAGCAGAGCCUUGUGCAGGCCCAGCAGCGUGCCGCCGAAUGGGAACGACGUGCGAAGGAAUACGAGAGCGAUUUGGAGUUGACACAGAACAGACUCGACCAGGCAGAACAGACGAAGGACCAGCUCGACGCUGACUAUUCUCUUGCUAAGCUUCAACUUGAAGAAAAAGAAGCGGAAGAUCGCUUGGUCAAAGACCGCGAACACAAACUUCGUGAACAGGUUGCUAUGCUUGAAGCUCAGGUUGCUCGGCUGGAGGUUGAUCUCAGCAAGGCGAGGAAUCAUAACCGGGUCAACGUCCCUAAGCAUACUCCCUACGCUGAGAAGGCACCGAUCCCCUCCCAAGAUGCAUCCCCACCGCCUCGACCUGAUUCUCGUGCAAGCACGAUAUAUACCGACCGCUCACGGACACCCGUUGGGCGGGACGACAGACAACCACGGAGCGACACUCCGCCACAAGCGUCUGUAUGGGAUUCUAUGCAUGCACCGAGGCAACGCUACCCACGACUUGGACCGGAGCGCGCCACAUACACUCCCUUAGCCCGAUCGACCCGAUCUAGUUUCAGACAGUCUGUCGCUUCCCCGACCCCAAGCACUGUCUCUUUGACCCCAAGUAAGCACUCCGACGGUUGGUACUUCUAG